UCAGUGUCUGUGGGUGUGCUGUUUUGAUUUGUGUUAGUUGAACCCAUUGGUGCUCUGUUUUGAUGAGUGUCCGUGGGCAGUGUUAAACAAAACCAGAGCACAAUCGUGUAUAAUUUGUUUAUGUUGCUGUUCAUUUCGAUGAUAUGGUCUGUGGGUACAAUGUUGUUGCCGAACAAUGGGUGUGGUUCAUGCAUUGCUUACAUUGUGCUCUGUUUAUUGUUAAAUUAAUUUUGAUAUCAUGUUGACUGAUGUUAUGUAAUGUUUUGUUUCAUCUUGUCGUGGUUUAGUUUACUAUUUUGCCGUGACAGGUUAAAUAUGGAUAGGGAGCAAGGGAAAAGUGAUAGAUGUGAUACUGGUGGGGAGGAAGGGAGCGAAACAAAAUCAGGGUCUGUGUUCUCAGACUUUGAGAACAGUGAAGAGGAGGAAAUUGAUGAUAAUUAUUUUUCAGAAUAUGUAGAUGUGGGAGUAAAUGAUGUGUUAGAAGAAGUUGUAGAGAGUUCAGAAUUUUGGAGAGCCGAACCUGAUGGUAGAGGACAAAAUAAUGUUGUUAAGGCAAGGGAGGAAGAUAUAUUGGGCCUGUUAUCUGAUCAUGAGUCAGAGGGAAUUGAUGAAAGUGAAAGAUCAAGUGAAGAAGACGAUGAAGGAGAAGGCAACGUUAACAGAGUAAGAUAUAAUCCGGUAGAGAUGUGCAAAGAGUUUAAAUUUGUGUUAGGUAUGGAGUUUACUUUCAUUGGUCAGUUUAAAGAUGCAGUUAGAGAGUAUGCCUUGCUCCAUGGAUAUGAAAUCAAAUUUGUGAAGAAUGAUAAGGUGAGGUGUAGGGUCAAAUGUGCACAUGUUGAAUGCAAGUGGUUAAUGUUUGUGAGCCAAGUGAGAGGUGAGUUAACAUAUCGGUUGAAGACAUUACACUCAAAACAUACAUGUGGGGUAUCCUUAAAAGGAAAGAAUGCUAGCUACAAGUGGAUUGCAGAAAAGAUAGUUCACAUCAUGAAGAGAAACAAAAACAUCAAGUUGCCUUCGCCUUCACCGGAUCUUUGUUUCCUUUCUCCACUCGUGCAGAUUCUAUCUAAACCCUUUCCCCUUUGUUUUUUCUUCCACCGUCGUCCCCUGCGUUUUGCCUUUGAUUCCCCCUUUUUUUUUUCUUUUUUCAGUCCAUCUCCAGCUAACGUGACACCAGGAUGCCAGCUCAGCGGUUCAUUACCAGGUCAUGUGGUCCAACUCAGCACAUAACGGUGUUAAUUCCAUAUCAGCAGGAUUUAACGGUGCCAAGAAGCCAGGGAUCAACAG